CAGUCAUUACCUCUGAGAGCUGAAAUGGCGCAGGAAGGAGUUCAGCUGGACCGAGAAACUUUCUCUUGUUCGAUCUGUCUGGAUCUACUGAAGGAUCCGGUGACUAUUUCCUGUGGACACAGCUACUGUAUGAGCUGUAUUAAGUCACACUGGGAUGGAGAGGAUCAGAGGAAGAUCUACAGCUGCCCUCAGUGCAGACAGACCUUCACACCGAGGCCUGUCCUGAAGAAAAACAUCAUGUUAGCAGCUUUAGUGGAGCAGCUGAAGAAGACUAGACUCCAAGCUGCUCCUGCUGAUCACUGCUAUGCUGGACCUGAAGAUGUGGCCUGUGAUGUCUGCACUGGGAGGAAGCUGAAAGCCUUCAAGUCCUGUCUGACGUGUUCAGCCUCUUACUGUGAGAAUCACCUCCAGUCUCACUAUGAUGCAGCUCCAUUAAAGAAACACAAGCUGGUGGAGCCCUCAGAGAAGCUCCAGGAGAACAUCUGCUCUCGUCAUGAUGAGGUGAUGAAGAUAUUCUGUCGUACUGAUCAGCAGAUUAUCUGUUAUCUCUGCUCUGUGGAGGAUCAUAAAGGCCACAACACAGUCUCAGCUGCAGCAGAAAGAACUGAGAGGCAGAGAGAGCUCGAGGUGAGUCGACUAAACAUCCAGCAGAGAAUCCAGGACAGAGAGAAAGAUGUGAAGCUGCUUCAACAGGAGGGGGAGGCUAUCAGUCUCUCUGCUGAUAAAGCAGUGGAGGACAGUGAGAAGUCCUUCACUCAGCUGAUCUGUCUCCUCCAGAAAAGAAGCUCUGAUGUGAAGCAGCAGAUCAGAUCCCAGCAGGAAACUGAAGUGAGUCGGGUCAAAGAGCUUCAGGAGAAGCUGCAGCAGGAGAUCACUGAGCUGCAGAGGAAAGACGCUGAACUGAAGCAGCUCUCACACACAGAGGAUCACAACCAGUUUCUACACAACUACCCCUCAGUGUCACAACUCAGUGAACCUACAGACUCAUCCAGCAUCAAUAUCCGUCCUCUGAGAUACUUUGAGGAUGUGACAGCAGCUGUGUCAGAGCUCAGAGAUAAACUACAGGACAUCCUGAGGGACGAAUGGACAAACAUCUCACAACCAGAACCAGAGCCAGAACCAGAGCCCAAGACCAGAGCUGAGUUCUUAAAAUAUUCACGUGAAAUCACUCUGGAUCCAAACACAGCAAACAUGUAUCUGUUACUAUCUGAGGGGAACCGAAAAGCAGAGCGAAUGAGUCAAGAACAGUCUUAUCCUCGUCACCCAGACAGAUUCACUAGUUGGUGUCAGGUCCAGAGCAAAGAGAGUCUGACUGGACGUUGUUACUGGGAGGUGGAGCAGAGAGGAGGAGCUGAGGUAGCAGUCGCAUACAAGAAUAUCAGCAGAGCAGGACGUGAAUCUGGAUUUGGAUUUAAUAACAAAUCUUGGUCUUUAGUUUGUCACACUGACAGUUAUACAUUUUUGUUCAAUGAUGUUAGAACUCCCGUCUCAGGUCCUGGUUCCUCCAGAGUCGGAGUGUACCUGGAUCACAGAGCAGGUAUUCUGUCCUUCUACAGCGUCUCUGAAACCAUGACUCUCCUCCACAGAGUCCAGACCACAUUCACUCAGCCUCUCUAUGCUGGACUUUGGGUUGGUAAUGAAUCCACAGCUGAGUUGUGUAAACUGAAAUAGACAGAAGUCAUUU